AUGUUGCAACCCAGAUUGCUCACGCCCCUGCGGGCGUUGGAGCGAGCCUUUACUCCCUCAAUUCUCUCCGUUCAGUACGCCUAUCAACCACAGUCGCUGAUGCAACGCACCCUCUCCGCAUCCAUCGCCCUCCCGAAACCCACGCCAUCAAUCUCCCGCACACUCCUCCCUUUCUCACAGGUGCGAUACGCCUCGCAUGCUUCUCAGGGUACUGCCAAUCGACACUCUCGCGAUCCCGCCGGUAAGCGUCUCGGUGCGAAGCGCACCGGCGGCGAGUACGUCGUUCCGGGAUGCAUCAUCUUCAAGCAGCGCGGCUCGAAGUGGUUCCCCGGUGACAACUGCGCGAUGGGACGCGACCACACAAUCUACGCCACUCAGGCUGGCUAUGUCCGUUACUACGCUGAUCCUGAGCGUCACCCCGACCGUCGAUACAUCGGAGUUGUUUUCGAGAAGGAUGGCAAGCUCCCGCACCCUCGCAAUGCGCCCAGCCGCCGCAAGUUGAACAUGGUUACUGUUCCCCGGAUGGAGCCUGUUGCCUUCCAGUCUGACAUGAUUGCUUCAAUUGAUGAGAAUGGCACCCAAGUUGGCAGCGUUGAGGCUGUCAAUGCCGAGUCUGGCCCUCAGCUGCGCCCUGGUUAUAUGUACCGUGAGGCCAAUUGGAUCAUUGGUCGUGCCGCGGAGAAGGCUGGUAUCACCGCUAUGCCCUACGACCGGAGAAACCGCUGGCUCGCAUGGAGGAAGAGACAGGCCCGUGCUGAGCGCGCUGCCCAGAUGAAGAGUCUGAAGGGCAAGAAGAAGUCUGCCAAGAAGGGCAAAUAA